GAUUCCAAUCUUUUAUUUAACAACUUCAUAUUCCGCCCACUCCCACCUUUUUCUCCAUCAAUCCAUCGUCUUUAUUCCAGACGCCUUUUACCAUCAACAAUAAUUCAAUCCACUUUUUAAUUCCUACUUCAUCAUGACUGGACGCGGAAAGGGCGGAAAGGGUCUCGGAAAGGGUGGCGCUAAGCGUCAUCGUAAGAUUUUGAGAGACAACAUCCAAGGUAUCACCAAGCCAGCUAUCAGACGUCUUGCGCGUCGUGGUGGUGUCAAGCGUAUUUCUGCCAUGAUCUACGAAGAAACCCGUGGUGUUUUGAAGACCUUCCUCGAGGGUGUCAUUCGUGAUGCCGUCACCUAUACCGAACACGCCAAGCGUAAGACCGUCACCUCCCUCGAUGUCGUCUACGCUUUGAAGAGACAAGGCCGUACCCUCUACGGUUUCGGUGGUUAAACAUCUCUUCACCUCUACCAUCUUUGUCAUGACAUCAUCUCAUACUCUUUCACAUACGCGUCGACACAUUACAUUUUCGAUUAUGGUUCUCGGUGGAGUUUGGAUGGGCUUAUGUUACUUUUGAUAGUCUUUUUUAGACGGUCUAGCAUGCUGUUUACGGCAGGGUUUCGCUCUCCUGAUUCUUUUUGGGAAUCAUUUAUUUCGACUCUCGAUUACGUUUUCUCCGUCUCAUUCUGGUCUCGACGCGACGAUACAUUCCUCGAAUUAAAAACUUUUUGAUAGUCUAUACCUCUGCUUUUGCUUGGGUGUGUGAGACAGUCUAGCAUCCUGUUUACGGGAGGAGUUUUCCUGGAACGUUUAUUGUUUUGUAGCGACAACUUUGAUACCCCGCAGAUUGAGAUUUGUGAAGGAAGGAUCUCAUGAUUAUGGCAUGCACGCACACACACAUCACCUCUUUUUGUCUUUUUUGAGCAAACCUGUUUAGCUUGUUUAGCUGGUUGGCGUUCUAUGGUUUAUUUCACCCUGGUACUGGACGGGUUGUCUAGAGGGUUGAGGGAUGGAAUGGAUUGGGGAUGCAUGGAUGUAUGUGGAAUCACGAUCGAGCAGUUGUGUUGAGACGCAUACAUAGCUUACGAGUGAAAUUAUAUGGUCGUGGACCUGAUUGA